CAGGAAAGAAGGCAGUGAGAUACAGAAAAGGCUUCAUACACAUUUGUUGCUGAUCGUUAGAGCAGAACAUGGAAGCAAAAGAAGAAAAUGAGUUCAAAGCUGAAUAUUUAACAAAGAAAUGUCGGCAGCCACAUCUCUCCUCUCUGUCAGCAUUUUCGCAUGUACCGGAGGAGAGAAAGAACCCUAAAAACCUGAGUUACUUCUUUCAGCAGUGUAAGGAAGAAUAUAUUCCAACGUAUGACGCCAUAUUUAAAAGGCCACAAGAUUAUGAUGAAAAACUCCACAGGGAUGACAGGAGGUUUGCGAAGCAUAACAGUUUGGAUCAUCAUACAGAGGAAAUAUCUCGUCCCGUGCCAGUACUGAGCUCUUCCAUAUAUGGACGACAUCUUCAGCACCACAUAGAUAAAGUGAAUAGAGAUCAUGUUAGAAUUGGGUUGGUACGCUUGGACUUCUACCGCAAGAAUGGAAUAAGUAAAUCUGUGGAUGAAGGCUACGGUUCCGUAGUUCCAUCAUGAGGCUACUGAGAAGUAAACUCAUUCGGCAUUGCAUAAAUGUGAAUUAAGUUUUGUAAACAUAACAUUAGCCUUUUUGGAGAAUGACUGAUUUUCUAUGCAGGGCACAAUCUUCAGAUGAAUAAAGAAGUUAUCAAAUUAGUAA